AUGCCUUCUUUCAAGAAUACUGUCACUGCCCUGGCUGCUCUGGCAGGCCUCUCUGCUGCGCUACCAGCAUCGACGAGCCCUAAUCCGGGAGACACAAAGAACCCUCGCGCUCUUGGAAUCAACUGCCGAGGAUCGGGCUUAUGCCCUCUGGCUACGCUCGAGAACCACUCAGGUGUCAGAAUCCUGCAAUUGUGGCACGAUAUCCUCGCCGCCACCGAUAAAGACCCCAAUACAGUGUACAACAGCGGCGAUCAUAUUGUGUGCGUUGGAACCACUGUCUCCGUCACGAUAGGGGCCAGCGCCAGCGCUGAAGUGGAAGGUAUUGGAGGAGAAGUCAGUCUUGAAAGCGAGGUCUCCAUUGGGACUGGGGGCGUGUGUCUCUUCCCUCAGGGAGCGUCUUUGACCCUGUCACAGAUCAGGGGGCUUGUAGAUGCUUUGGGCAACCAUGGCUGCGCAACUUGCGGCUCCGUUCCAAUUCAUUUCGUUGAUCGAGGAAGCAAUGACCCGUCCUCGGGGAUCCUGACCUCCAACUACGUCAAGAACCCCUAUUGUGGUGGCAACUGCAUUUCUAGCGUGGGGUCUAAGUAA